AUGAGUUCUCCAAGUCCGUUACAGUCAGCGAUGCUUAUGGGAGCACCAUGUUUUCCCAACGCCAUUGCUUGGUCUGAGGAGAAUCUCAUUGCUAUUGCUUCGGGUCACAUCGUUACCAUACUUAGACCCGACUCGCCUUAUGGACCACGUGGCUUGAUUCAAGUCUUCCCCGGCGAGCCUCGGAUUUUAGGGUUUGUGGAAAGGACAGAUUUACUCUCUGGAGGUCUUCUACCUACAGCUUUGUAUCGGGAUGACAAGCCAGUUGUUCGAUCAAUAUCAUGGUCUCCACUUGGCAUGGCAUCCAACUCAGGGUGCUUGAUAGCUGUUUGCACUUCUGAAGGACACGUGAAAGUUUAUCGUCCACCUUUUUGUGAUUUUUGUGCUGAAUGGAUCGAGGUUGUAGACAUUACUGAAAUGCUGUUCAAAUACUUUCAAUGUACUGAGUUUCGAGGUACAGGGGCUUCUUCAUUAAAUUUCUCUAGAGUUCCUAGCAUUAGGCCGUGUCUGCUAAAAAAUGCAUCAAGUCAAGCCGAUUCUAUCAAACCUAAUGACGAACUGUUGAAAAAAGGGCCACUGAUAAGCGCAGAUGAAUAUGCUUACCGUACUGCAAUGCUUUAUUCGCUUGUUGUUUCGUGGUCUCCCUUGCUGCAUGUAGCAUCUGAGCUUUGUCCUGAUCCUUAUACAAGUGCUCCUGUCAGUCUUCUUGCCGUCGGAGGGAAGUCUGGUGAAAUCUCUUUUUGGAGGUUUGACCAACCAGAUUGUCAUACUAUUGAGGAGACAAAAGCCCCAACUGCUGUGAAGUUUGCUGGUUUUCUUCAGGCACACAAUUCAUGGAUCACAACAAUGAGUUGGCUGUUGUUUGCUUUUGAUUCUUCAAACCCUCUAAUUGUAUUAGCUACUGGAAGCUCUGAUGGAAGUGUGAAGGUUUGGUUAUGUGACAAAAACAAUCUGAAAGAAGUUGAUCAAACAUCCUUCUUGUUAUUGGAGGAGGUUAUAACUGUCAAUGCUGUCCCAGUUUCGGUACUUUCAGUAACUGUGCAUGCUCAAUACCCCUCCAAGAUGCUUUUAGCCAUAGGCAAAGGUUCUGGUUCCAUUGAGAUAUGGCUGUGCGACAUAUCUUCUAAGGAAUUUGAUAAGCUUGGGUCAUAUGAUGCACAUUAUUAUGCUGUUACUGGUUUAGCUUGGGCAUUUGGUGGAAGAUUUUUGUGCAGUUGUAGCCAGGAUAAUUUAUUGCGUGGAUGGAUUUUGCACAAGUGCCGCCUAGAAGAAAUACCCAAAUUUUCUGAGAUGCCCCGUAGUAAUGAUUCAACUGGCCCUUCAAGAGAUGCAUAUGAUUCAAGUUUUGGUGUAGCUGUGUCCCCUGGAAAUCUUGUCAUUGCAGCUGUUCAUUGCUUUGAUAUUGAUAAACUGAAUCGAAUGUAUGAAGGAAGGAUUUUGAGGGCAGCUAUUGACUACUUCUGGAUUGGUGGGCUACAAAUGGAUGUUUGGUUGAAAUCUCCCUUUUCACGUUGCAUAGAAGAACUUCCCAGUUAUCUUGAGAAAGAAUUAACUUAUUGGGGGACCAAUAUCAUAUGGUCUUUAAACCAGUAUCAAUGUCUUGAUAAAGCUCUGGUUUUUUGGGAUAUAAGUGCAGCAUUAUUUGCUUUCAUGGAUAACAACUCAAAAUAUGUAGAACAUUUAGUGAUCAAAUGGCUCUCGUUAUCAUUUCUGGAAUUUCAUACGAAUCUUCCUCUUGAAGAAGUGUUAUCACGUCUCAUUUCAAGGUUGUCAGACGUUCCUUCUCGGCUGCUACACUUACUCAAUAUAAUGUGUAGACGUGUAAUGUUAGCAAAGCUGGAUCCUGAUCAGAUAACCAAAAUAAACAGCAAAGUUCAGAACUUAGAAGGGGCAUGUCCUGUCAUUGAUGAGCAAAUGACUAAGUGGAUAGAAAUUCUUUUAGGCAGUGAGAGAGAGCUCCGCGAAAGGCACGUGUGUUUUAGUUUCUCUGCUGUCAAAACUACCAAGUCCCAUCUAAAAUCAACUCCAUCCAAACCUGGCCGCUGGUAUCCUUCUGGAUUAAAACAAAUGGAACAAUGGGUUGCUUUAAAUCAGGAACACAUACGCGACCAGUUGAAAUUCAUUGUACCGAAAGUUACUCGUGAAAAAAGGUUUGCGAGCAAGAGAUGUUCAGCAGUGGAGUCAUGCAGUUAUUGUUCAGCAGCUGUUCCAUUUGAAUCCCCAGAGUUUGGUUUUUGUCAAAGUAAAGAUUGUACCAGUGAUAAUGUUCAACGCCGCAAGUUAUUGAGAUGUGCUGUUUGUAUGGAGGUUUGUCCAAAUAGCCCCCUAUGGUUUUGUGUAUGUUGCCACAGGUUUGUCUUUAGAUUGGCUCCAGAACCUCUUUUUAGGAUGUCUUCAUGUUGUCUAGAUUCAGAGUCGUCAAAUAGAUCAUCCUCUCAAGCAGUAUCCUCAAAACCAUUGUGUCCCUUUUGUGGGAUUCUGCUACAGAGGAAACAACCAGAAUUCCUACUUUCUCCUGCACCUGUAUAA